UUUGGACUGUUCCACGCAAAUUUGAGUGCUGUGUCAGUGAAAUCAUGAAACAAAUUGAACGAAGGGAACGCGACAGGACGUCACGCUUGUUGACACGCUUCAAAACUCUGAAAUUGUGUCCCCCUUAUAGGGCCUACGAACCUCACUAUGGCCUGGUCCGACGGGCCCCAGGAAUCUUCACAAUGAGAUCAAGAAAGGAACUCCUAUUAGUGCUUCUUUCCUUCAAGACUUCAAGACUUAAUAUUGCCUCCUCAGUUUUUAUUUUAUUUGUGACCAGUGAUAAGACUCAAGUGUUUGGACAAAAUUAAGUGAUGAGUGCUAUUCGUUGACAAUAUCAUUCUGCCGUUUGGUGAUGCAGCCAUCCCCAUCCAAGGUUGGAUAUACACAACUCAGCGUGAUCAACAAAUAUUUGACAGGCCGCCUUCCACUCUUGUUCCGCCGGGUCGGCGACGGACGCGCGGCGCGGCCUGUGCUGGUGUCCGAGGGUCCGAGGUACUCUGCAGGAUGCCUCCUAGGUCUUCCAGGGUUCCCCAGGACGCCUCCAAGGGCUUCAAGGGUUCUCCAGGAUGCCAACAAAAUGUUCCAGGGUUCUCCAGGACGUCCCCAGCCUUGCCAAGCCUCGCUCCAGGACGCCUCCAGGUCUUUCCAGGACACCCAGCCCUGCACAAAGCGGUUCGUGCUUUUUCCUCGCUGUGACUCGUCCAAGGAGCGAGCAUGUUCAGUGAAGCGCCCGCUCUCGGACCCAGACGCGGACCAGUCAGCGAGAAGCAGGUGCCUGGACGCGUCCUCGCCGGAGAGUGCCGGCGACUCGUCGUGCGGGUCCCCGCCAGGGCCUCCAGGGCCUCCAGGGCCUCCAGGACCGCCAGGACAGCGUUCGCAGCGCAGCAGCAACAGCGCCCCCGCGGACGCGGAAUACUCGCAAGCGGCCUCCUACUCGUCGCAGUACUACUCCAGCAUGCAACAGGCGUACGGCGGCCAGAGCCAGCCCUACAUCAACUCCGGCUUCUAUAACUCGCAAGCCUACCCGGGCUACAACCUCCCAGGCCUGUAUAGUAAAUCCCCUGCCUCUGCCACCUCUGCCGCAGCCACCAACGGCAGUGCGGGCAGCUACCUCAACUACGCCACCGGCUCCGGGGCGUCGAGCACGGGCUCGGGCAGCGGCGGGGCGUCGUCCGCGUACGGUGGCCUGGACGGCGGCGGGGGCGGCGGGGCCGGCGGCAGCGCGCCCCACACCACCGCCCCCGGCGCGCAGUCGCCCACCAGCGCCUACGCCGCCUACGCCGCGAGCUACAACUGCGGCCCGGGCUUCUCCUCGUCCGCGCAGGGAUUCUCUCCGCAGCAGGGCCUAGACUACUCGUCGUACGGCGGGCCGUACGGUGCUGCGCAGACCGCCUCGCAGUACGCGGCCUCCUACUACGCCGCCCAGUCCUACUCGCCCUACGUGGGCAGCCCGUCGUCCGCGGUGUCCGGGUCGCCAUACCAGCUGGCCGCCUCCAUCAACGCACUGCCAGAUUCGCCAGGGUUUCUGCUACCGGAAGCGGGGCCGUCGUCCCCGGUCAAGGCAGAGCCCGCCAACGGCACGGCCAGGAGAAGGGACAACUCUGGGUCCGAGGGUUCGAGGAGCUCUCGAGGUAGAGGGAGGAGGCACAACCCUUCGCCCCCCGCGUCGGAGACGCAGCUGGAGCGAGUGUUCAUCUGGGACCUGGACGAGACCAUCAUCAUCUUCCACACGCUCCUGACGGGCGACUACGGCGCGCAGUACGGCAAGGACCUGCCCUCCCUGAAGGAGCUGGGCGUCCGCAUGGAGGAGAUGAUCUUCAACCUCGCGGACAUACACUUCUUUUUCAAUGAUCUCGAGUUCUGCGACCAGGUCCACGUCGACGACGUGUCCUCGGACGACAACGGCCAGGAUCUCAACGGGUACAACUUCCGCACCGACGGCUUCCAAGUGGACGCCGGCGGCGUGGCGACCGCGGCGCUGGGGGGCGCUCCCCCGGGCACGCCGCUGGGCCCAGGGGGGCUGCCCAUCGGCGGCGGCGUCCGGGGCGGCGUGGACUGGAUGCGGAAACUCGCAUUCCGGUACCGGAAGAUCAAGGACGUGUACAACAACUACAGAAACGCCGUCGGAGGUUUGUUAGGGAAUACCAAGAGGGAAGAAUGGCUUCAGCUUCGGACAGAAAUUGAAGCUGUCACAGAUAAUUGGUUAUCUCUCGCAUUAAAAUGUUUGUCACUAAUCAACAGCAGACCUAACUGUGUCAACGUCCUUGUAACAACAACCCAACUAGUUCCUGCGCUUGCCAAAGUGUUGUUGUAUGGCCUUGGUGGCAUGUUUCCUAUCGAAAAUAUUUAUUCUGCUACAAAAAUUGGCAAAGAAUGUUGCUUUGAGCGAAUUGUUGCUCGGUUUGGAAGAAAAUGCACUUAUGUUGUGGUGGGAGAUGGAUCUGAUGAAGAGGAUGCUGCCAAAAAGAUGAAUUUUCCUUUCUGGAGGAUAUCAAGUCACAGUGACACAAUAGCUUUAUUCAACGCUCUAGACAUGGGUUUCUUAUGAUGAGAAAUUUUUAUGAUUUAGUGUAGUUUUACAUAGUGAAUGACCACUAUGGAGGGCGAGAGAACUUUGAAAUCAUCAAGAAAUUUAUUGUGUCAUGGAUUUACUUCCCUUAGUGCAGGUGUGGGUCUAAGCCAUACAAAUUCUCCUUUGGUGCAGCCAGGCCACACCUUCCAUGAAUGUGAUAUGUGUUCGCUAAAGCCAUGCAGCCAAGCAGCACUGACAAAGAUACCGAAUGGCUGUUUCCUUUUUCUUUUUAGAAAGUCUCUGUAAGAUUCAAACAUAAACUAAAGUGAGUGUGUGUUUUUAUGUACAAAUAUAAAUAUUUAAAUGUAGAAUAAUAUGUAAAUAUGGUAAGAGCAAGAUCAUGUCAAAGUACUCCAGUGAUAUGUGGAAUUUAUUGAUCUGUCAAAUGUGAAUUCACAAAGAUUAUCCUACUUGUCUGUAUUGUUUAUAUUAAAAAGAAAUAAUAGUUAGAAGAUUGUAACACUUUGUUUUAAUACUGUAAAUUUUGAUUAUUUUUAUUUUUUUUUGUUUGGAGAUAUUUAAGAUAUAGCCAUCAUUCCCCAUUUUGUUGGCUAAUCCACAAGACCAGCAGAUUUUCUGUCUUUUUUUAUGCUUUCCUCUGACUGAAAGAGCCAACUAUUAUACAGGGUCUCAUAUUAAAAGAAAAAAAGGAAAAAGAAUCUGUAUGUUUCUUUGACAUCUGUUCAGCAUAAGGUUUGGAGACCGAAUUGGUGCAAAGAAAAGUUGUGCGUCUCAACACAAGUGUAACACAUUGAGCUUGAUCACCCAAUAAGUUGUAAGUCCUUAAAAUGGGCAGGAUUCUACCCGGAUGAUGACAAUGACGGCAGAUUUAUAUUUUUUGUUGCUGAUUAACUAGAGGAAAAUAUAGCUAUACGUUUAUUUGAAAACA